AUGUCGGACGAGAAGGCCGAGGAGAUCCGCCAGGAGCUUGCUGCUGCUGGCAUCAGCAGCGCGACCUCCGACUUGGACUUUGUCCCGACCAAGGUCUCUGCUGCCGCCGCCUCUUGCAAGACCAAUGUCCGCGUCGAGUGGAACCGGAUGACGGCUGCAAACAAAAAGUCCUUUAUCGAUGCCAUCGUGUGUCUAACUAAGAAGCCCAGCCGCGGUGUCACACCUACCGAUGGCACUUAUACCCCCACCCUCUGGGACGAUCUGUACUGGACGCACAGCAUCCAGGUCAACGGGGUCCACUCGGUGGACACGUUUCUUCCAUUUCACAGAUACUUUGUGCACGUCUUUGACAAGCUCCUCCGGUCCGAGUGUGGCUACACAGCGCCUCUGCCGUGGUGGCGCGAGACAGACGCUGCCGGAAAGGUCAAGAGCACGAACCUCUUCACCUCGAGCUACUUUGGCACUUUGCCAGCCCGGACCUCCAUUGCUGGCUCAUGUAUCAGUGACGGCCCAUUCAAGGGGCUCAAGGGCACUUUCGGCUGCGUCGCUCGCGGUGAGAACGCGACCGUCACCGCUCGUGUGACCAAGGCUCGUGAGAACGAGUGCCACGGCAAUGCCACCACGACGUAUCGGCAGCACCGCAUCUGUGUCGAGUCGACCAACCACAGCGACAUGCACAUUGGCAUUGGCCCGACAAUGGCGGACGUUGCCCUGUCGCCUGCCGACCCGAUCUUCUGGAUGCACCAUUCGUACAUUGACUACCAGUGGAAGCGCUGGCAGAACGUUGCGAGCUCGCGAUCGACAUCUAUCGAGGGCUGCUACAACCCUGGCUACGGCUCAGGAGCCCCAUGCCUGGCUCUUGAGCUUGACCACCCGCUUGGUGUCGACGGCAUUGUCCCCGACAUGACUGUUGGGGACAUUCUCAACACGGAGAAUAACAUCCUGUGCUACACUUACGACGACUUGUUGUAAGCCGGCGGGUGGCUGGACGUCGUGACCGGGUUGCCUAGGCCACGAAUGGUGAAGCGCUAGUGUGAGCUUCCUGGUAGCAAAUCUACUGGACGAUCAAAGGUAUCUGGUCAGCACGACUGGAACAGUGACAACAUGGAGAGCGCCAUUAGUGAAACUCUGGAAACCCCAGAUACAGUUGUCGGGAUGGGCAAGCGUGAGGCUUUGUCGGGGGACGGGGGGUUCCCUUCAUUGAUUAGCACGAUAUCUCCAUGGAAAAGACUCAGCACCAGCAUGACGCAGCAAGUGUGGAAUCUGCACCCAACAAGCUUGAACUGCGUGACCCGUGAACGUGACCAAGCAGCAUCGAAUCGCGCUGCAUGACUCCUCCUCUCCCGAUGAAG